AUGCAGCGAUGCCCAUCUGGAACGCACAUCCCCACAUGGAAGCAGUGCAAGGAUCUCUACGGCGCAGGCGCCAGCAACACCACGGCCGUCGCCAGCACCGAGAAGGAGACCUCCACAGUGUUCCUGAUGCUGGACUCGACCGGCACAGAUGCGACCGGCUCGGUGGAAGAUGCCCGGGUCAAGAUCAACGGUGAACUCCAGGUGCCAGAGGGGAUUCAGACGAGUCUGACCCUGAAGAAGGGCAGUGGCCGGCGCUUGUCCAAGCGCCGGGGCCUGCAAAGUGCUGGGGCCGUGGUCUCGUUCGAGGUCACAAACAAAGGAGUCACGCGCGUAGCUCCGUCGAGCGUGGCCGAGAUGCUGAAGAAAGAGGUCAAGAGCAACAGUGCGGGCCUGACAAGUGCCCUUAGCUCGGUGGGUACAGUCGACGCGCAGGCCGGGGUCAGUGUGUCGAACACGAAGAAGACCAUCACGACCCGUGCUGCCACAGUGGAGGCCAAGAAGCAGGCGAAGCUUGGCAUCACCACGACCACAACUACAACGACAACCACAACCACAACUACAACGACGACAACGACCACCACCACCACUACUACCACAACUACCACCGCAAGCGCAGCAUCUGCCGAGGACAACAGCACAGAGAACUUUACGGUGAGCUUCUUCACAUCGGUCUCGAGCUCGAGCACGUCCUCUGGCUUCUUACUGCCGGAGACCUCGGGAGCCUCGGAACCGACGUUCUCCAGGAUGCUCAUCCCACUCACGCUGCUGUGUUUCGGCAUCUUCCGGUGA